AUGAGGCCCAGAGCCUUUAUGUUCCUGGUUGUUCUUGCCUCCACUGCUGGGCCAGGCGCCAGUCAAACCGACCUGGAGAGGAUUUUUGAUGGGGUGGAGUGUGUCCGGAAUUCUCAGCCAUGGCAGGUGGCGCUGUUUGAGGGAAACAACCUGCGCUGUGGGGGUGUCCUCAUUGACCCUGACUGGGUUCUCACAGCUGCCCACUGUAGGGGCAGGUACUGGGUACGUCUGGGGGAACACAGCCUGAGCCGGCUGGAUUGGACAGAGCAGAUUCGCCUCAGCACCUUCUCCAUAACCCACCCCAGCUACCAAGGAGCCCUUCGGAGCCAUGAGCACGACCUGCGGCUCCUGCGCCUGGGGAGAACCGUCCGCCUGACCCGCAGCGUCCAGCCCCUGCCCCUGCCCACAUCUUGUGCCCCUGCUGGGGCCAAAUGUCACAUCUCAGGCUGGGGAACCACCAACAAGCCAUGGAACCCAUUCCCAGACCGACUCCAGUGCCUCAACCUCUCCAUCGUCGCCAGUGACACCUGCCAGGCAGUGUUUCCUGGGAGAAUCACAGACAACAUGGUGUGUGCCGGCGGCCUUCCAGGGAAGGAUGCAUGUCAGGGUGACUCUGGGGGCCCUCUGGUGUGUGGAGGUGUCCUUCAGGGUUUGGUAUCCUGGGGUUCCGUGGGGCCUUGUGGACAAAAAGGCAUCCCAGGAGUCUACACGAAAGUGUGCAAAUAUGUGGACUGGAUCCUGAUGGUCAUGAGGAACAACUAG